UACUUAAAUCAAGUAGGUUGCAGAAGAGUGUCUGGUCCCCAACUUCAAGCAGCUUAACUGUUAACUUAAGUGUUAAGUUUGAUUUACAGGAUGAAGACCGCCACACCUUUCUUGCUCCUUACUUUACUGUCCUCUGCAAUCUGCAUACCACCGUCUCUUGCCCUUCAACCUCUGCAGGGCAAACAAACGUUCACCCAGCAAGAAACGUUCAACGGAAAAGGUGAACAUGUUGAAACUGUUGCAGUGUCGUGCUAUCCGGAAUUAAUGGAAAUCACCGUGAAAGCUGACAUGUUUGAAAUCGGAGCUCCAAUUCAGUCGGCUGAGCUGCGUCUCGGCGUGGUCUAUAGCCAUGCCUGCAGCGCUCUGGAGACAUCCAAGGAAGAGUACAAAAUUGUCGUUGGACUUUCAGACUGCGGAACCAAGCACUGGAUGACUGAGAGUUCCCUGGUCUACACAAACCUUCUCAUCUACACUCCUGCGACGUCUGAAGACGGUCUGAUCCGAAUGGAGGAGGCAGUUAUUCCAAUUGAGUGCCACUAUAAAAGGAAGUACAGCUUAUCCAGUUCACCUCUCCAACCUACCUGGAUCCCGUUCAUCGCCACUCAAUCAGCUGUGGAAACCCUUGACUUCAACCUCAGGAUCAUGACAAGUGACUGGCUGCAUGAGAGGAGCUCCAACGUGUUCCACCUCAGCGAGCCCAUCUGCCUGGAGGCAUCCAUCAGGGUGGGCAAUCACAUGGACCUCAGGGUGUUCAUGAGCAGCUGUGUGGCCACGCUGUACCCCUCCAGGGAAUCCACUCCCCGAUACGACUUCAUUGAAAACAACGGGUGCCUGAUGGACUCUCAGCUGCAGGGGGCCCACUCCCAGUUCCUCCCCAGGACCCAGGAUAACAAGCUUCGCAUGGUCAUCGAUGCCUUCAGAUUUCACCAGGAAGAACAGGGAGAACUCUACAUUACAUGCCAGCUAACUGCUACACCCGUAACUGUUGAUGCUGAGAAACCAAUGCUGCAAACCAAGGCGUGCACUUACAUGAACGGAAGAUGGCGCUCUGCUGAUGGCAAUGACUACUUAUGCGGCGCUUGUGGUGGGCAGAAUGAGAUCGGUCAACCCCGGAGCUAUGGUGCUUUUCGUCCUCUUAGUCAUGCAAACUCUGCAGCGUCCAGCUCCUGGAAGAGUGGCUUGAAAGAACAAGUGUAUGACGAUGAAGAACGUGUGGGUCCCAUCCUGGUGUUGCCAACCAAGAAAAGUGGCUCCAUCCCUAAAGAGGAUGUCCCUUCCAUCAUCUCCAAAAUGGGAAGCUCUGCUUUCCACGGAAGCCAGUGGAGGAGUGGCAUGGCCCCAAAGAUUGGCAUGGGGUCUCAAAAGGAUCUAGACGAAGGACUGGUACCUGAGCACUUGCUGCCGUCAUUGGAACAGAGAGUCCACAAGGAGUUGAACAAAGCAGAGAAAUAUGUCACUACUAAACAAGAAGAGGAUGAGACCAGUGGUGAUGAUGAAGCUGUGACUACAGCUGAUGUGGCACAGAAGGCGACUCCUCUACCUAGCGUGCCCUCAGACCUGCCAAAGCCUGAAACACAAGUCCCCCAGCCUGAAGGCCGGGCUGAGUACAAGAAUAUGACAAUGAAGGCCCAGCAAACCGAAGAGCAGAAACUUCUAGAGGAAAAGAAACCCAAAAAAUAAACAUUAAAUUGACUCCA